CCUCGGAGCCAGCCGCCCGUCGCUGUUUCGCUCCCGAGGAGGCGCGGGCCGCCGCUGGCCGGAGAAGAGCAGAGGUCGGGGAGGCACUUCGGAACGCGCACUCGAGGGAGGGAGAUGUCCAAGCCGCCGCCGAAACCCGUCAAACCAGGCCAGGUCAAGGUCUUCAGAGCUCUGUAUACAUUUGAACCUAGAACUCCUGAUGAACUGUAUUUUGAAGAAGGGGAUAUUAUCUACAUUACCGACAUGAGUGACACCAAUUGGUGGAAAGGAACCUGUAAGGGCAGGACUGGCCUAAUACCGAGCAACUAUGUGGCCGAGCAAGCUGAAUCCAUUGAUAACCCACUGCAUGAAGCUGCCAAAAGAGGCAACUUGAGCUGGUUGAGAGAAUGUUUGGACAACAGAGUUGGUGUUAAUGGCCUAGACAAAGCUGGAAGCACCGCCUUGUACUGGGCUUGCCAUGGUGGCCACAAAGAUGUAGUGGAAGUGUUGUUUACCCAACCAAAUAUUGAACUAAACCAACAGAACAAAUUGGGUGAUACAGCUUUGCAUGCUGCUGCUUGGAAGGGUUAUGCAGAUAUUGUAGAGCUGCUUCUGGCAAAAGGGGCUAGAACAGAUUUAAAAAACAAUGAGAAGAAGUUAGCCCUGGAUAUGGCUACCAAUGCUUCUUGUGCCUCUUUGCUUAAAAAGAAACAAGGGACAGAUAUUGUGCGAACAUUAAGUAAUGCAGAAGAGUAUCUUGAUGAUGAAGAUUCUGAUUAGUUCUCUCCAUAAGUGUAUGAGAACUAAAAUCCCUGUUUCCUAUGCCACUCCUAGUCUUCGCCAGGGAGUGUUGGUAACUGAAAAAAGUAUAUAUAAGCAUAAUAGUAUUGCAAUCUGUCAGGAAUUAAUUGUGUAAACUUAAUAGUCUUCACUUUCAAUUCGCCAAUAAAAAUUACUUUCCUAUGUAAAAUGCAUUUAUGUUCACUAAACUAGCCUACAAAGAUUUUUUUCUAUUUGUCGAUAUAUGUUUUGCUUUUUUAAAACAGGGAUUUUAAAAAAAAGUCCCCAGAGUUGAAUGGAUUUUAGAGGGUACAUGCUUUUUCUGUUAUAAAACAAAAAUGAUCUUUAGAAAAACUGUCAGUGAUUUUUGACAAUGAAAAUUAAAAUAAACAUUUAAGACAUUUUA